AUGUCUGGAAACAUUAAAGUCGUCGUCAGAUGUCGGCCCUUGAAUUCCAGAGAGCUUGCGCGGGGAGCAAAAUCGUUAAUUAGAAUGGAUGGGGAUCAAACAAUUAUUUAUAGACCAUCAACGGAUGAUCCCGGUAAUUCCAAAGCCUCCAAACGAGAAGAUAAUGAUGAAUUUAAAUGUUUCACUUUUGAUAAGUCAUAUUGGUCUGCCGAUAAAAGUGCCCCAAAUUACGCAACUCAGGCACAUCUUUACAAUGAUCUCGGUGAAGAAUUGCUUGACCAUUCUUUCGAUGGAUAUAAUACCUGUAUCUUUGCAUAUGGCCAAACUGGUGCAGGGAAAUCUUAUUCUAUGAUGGGUUAUGGAGAAGAUAAAGGAAUUAUACCCUUAACAUGUUGCGAGCUAUUUAAUCGGAUCAUAGGAAAUACAGAUCCCACUGUAAAAUAUCAAGUGGAGGUCUCAUAUAUUGAGAUUUACAAUGAACGGGUUCGGGAUUUACUGAAUCCAAAAAACAAAGAUAAAAAUCUUAAAGUGAGAGAGCAUCCUUCACUAGGACCAUACGUCGAAGAUUUAUCGAAGUUGAUUGUAAAGUCUUUUAAAGAUAUAGAAAAUCUCAUGGACGAGGGUAAUAAAGCAAGAACAGUGGCAGCAACAAACAUGAAUGAAACAUCAAGUCGUUCACAUGCUGUAUUCACACUUUUAUUGACGCAAAAGCGGCACGACGCCCAGACCAAUAUGGAUUCUGAGAAAGUUUCUCGUAUUAGUCUUGUUGAUUUAGCGGGUUCUGAACGUGCAAAUUCUACGGGUGCCACUGGUGCGCGUCUGAAAGAAGGUGCAAACAUCAACAAAUCAUUGACCACCCUAGGAAAGGUUAUCGCUGCCCUGGCCGAGCAAUCAGCCGCUCCAACAGGUCCCAAAAAAGGCAAAAAAUCAGCAGAAAUCUUUGUGCCAUAUAGAGAUUCUGUUUUAACAUGGUUACUAAAAGACAGUCUCGGUGGAAAUUCUAAAACUGCUAUGAUUGCAGCAAUAUCUCCCGCCGACUAUGAUGAAACACUAAGCACACUACGAUAUGCCGACGCAGCAAAAAAGAUUAAGAAUAAAGCCGUUGUCAAUGAAGAUCCAAAUGCUAAACUCAUACGAGAACUUAAGGAAGAAUUAGAGAUGCUGCGCAGCAAAGAAGAAAUUAUAGAACAGAUUGAAGCUUCGGAAAAACUAAUGACGGAAAUCAAUGAAACUUGGGAAGAGAAAUUACGGCGAACUGAAGAAGUUCAGAAAGAACGGGAAAAGACAUUAGAAGAGCUUGGUAUAAUGGUUGAGAAAAAUGCCGUGGGAGUGUUUCCCCCGAAAAAAGUACCUCAUUUGGUUAAUCUCAACGAAGAUCCACUCAUGUCGGAAUGCCUGGUUUAUCAGAUUAAACAGGGAAGUACACGUGUUGGACGCUUGGAAUCCAAUAUCUCGGCUGAUAUUCGACUCAGUGGCGAAAAUAUAUUAGAAGAGCAUUGUUACUUUGAAAAUAAUGAUGGAGUGGUUACUUUACAUCCUAGCCAAAACAGUACUACGAUGGUCAACGGAAUCCGCAUUAACAAGCCUCGAAGACUUAAGUCUGGUUUCAGGAUUAUUUUGGGAGAUUUUCAUGUAUUCCGCUUUAAUCAUCCGGACGAGGUUAGACGAGAACGAGCAAAAUCCAAAAAUCUGAGCAUCAGUAUACCAUAUAUGAAUAGCAAUAAUAGCGAAGAAGGUGGUAAAGCACCUGACUCACCCACAUCAACAGCUUCUAUAAUGUCAGAGGCGGUCAUAGAUUGGAAUUAUGCAAAGAGAGAAGCGGCAUUGAACUAUUUGAAUUUAGGACCUGAACUUGUUGGAAGCAUGCCAGAUGAAGAUUUAACAAGAUUAAUGGAAGAGAUACGAAAAAUUCAGGGAGCUCGAAGAAUUCGUCCAGAUAGCCGGAGUGGCGACUUUGACGACGACACGGAAUCACGUUCUUCUGACAAACCCGGAUCAAAUGGAACAUAUGAAACAAAUGAUACCGUCUACACGGAUUCGCCUCAAAGUGACACGGACGAUAAACUUCGAGUAAUGAAGGAAGAGAUGCAAAUGCAACUAGAUAGUCAAAAACAAGAAUAUGAAGAAAAAAUGCGUCUUAUAGAGGCCUCAAAUCUUGAAGCUGACGAACUAAAAGCUGAGAAAAAACAAAUGGAAGAAAAACUAAAAAUGGUCAAAGAAGAAAUGCAACGAGUUUUGGAAACACAAGCGCAAGAAUAUCAACGAAAGCUAAAAAAGCUAUCAACUGCCAAUAUCGAUGGUUUCCAAUUACCACUUGAUAUGCCACCCUAUACAGAGGAAGAACUUCAAUUAAUUCAUAUGGUCAUAAAGAAAUGGAAACGACAACGAUUCGUUCAUAUGGCCGAAACAAUAUUAAGCAAUGCUGUUGUUUUAAAGGAAGCAAACGCUAUAAGCAAAGAACUUGGUAAAAAAGUUCUUUACCAAUUCACUAUUAUUGAAGAGGAACCAUUUACGAAUCAUGUUUCAUUCUAUGAGAACAGAUCAAUUACCAGCGGUAGCCAGCCAAAUAACAUCAGUUUCAAUGGUAAUGAGAAAGAAGGUAUAUCAAUUUUCGUAAAUGGAUCCACCGAGGACACUUCUCUUCAUGCCUCGAAGAAACCAUGCGUCGGCGUCAAAGUAAUCGACACAAAAAACGACGUAGUCUAUAUAUGGUCGUUAGAUAAACUGAAACAUCGUCUCCAAAAGAUGCGUAAUUUAUAUAACUUUAUGGAUCGUCCUCAAUAUAGUGAAUAUUUUGAUUGGGAAGAUCCAUUUUAUGAAAAUCCAGCUCCUCAAUUCACAUUUAUUGGAAAUGCUGCCAUUGGGUUGACCUGUUUACUUUGGAAAACGGAACAUGAACAAGAAGUUCCUGUUUUUCAAAGAUAUUCGGGUAAACAAGUGGGAUUGUGCCGGAUACGUAUCAAAUUUUUAAGUGAAUCAAAAACUUCGUCACCAUUAGAAUCAGAAAUUGAGUCCACUUCUUCUAAAUUGUCAAUUGGAAGUUCUAUCACAUUUGAGGUGAAAAUAAUCGAACUUAAAGGAAUCUUAGAAUCAGAAUUUACCCAAGUUCAUGUUCAAUUUAAACUCUCCUCAUUCGGAACUGUACCUCAUCUUUCGCCCGGAGAAAAUAUUUUCACCACUGAUCUAAUGAGUGAGUUCGAUACUACACCAAUUCGAUUCGAUCACGAACAAACUUUGUCGGUGGCAGUCACACCUAAAAUGAUGGAUAUUCUCACUAAUGAUAUGCUGCCUUUCGAGGUGUUUGGACGCGCGGGACCUACAGUUUUGGAACAGAUGGGAAGAUGGGAUGAUCCAAAUGAGCGUCAAAAUCACAAGGAAAUAAAUGGAGAUUCUCAUGAAUCAACGCCACGAGAGCGAAGAUCUGACGACGAACUUGUGGCCGAAGAAAAACAUGACAUCGUUGCAUGGGUUAAAGUGUGUGAAUUGGCACCUUCUGGUAAAUAUGAACCAGUUCAAGUACUUUCACAGAAUGCACUUGAUCCUGGCGCCUUUUUCUUGAGACAAGGUCUACAACGACAUAUUAUUCUCACAUUAACUCAUAAUUCUGGUCAGCAAUUCCCGUGGAAUCGAGUGUCAAGAAUGGAAAUUGGACGAGUUCGAUUGCUUGACGGAAAAGGAAGAUUGACCGAAUUGCCCGAAUCUUCAGUUCAAAAUGAUAUUGAAAUGAAAAUGCUACCAUCGCAAGCAGUGGAAUUCAAAGGUGAUGGCACAAGCAUCCUUAGUGUUGAGGCCUCUUGGGAUAGCACUCUACAUGACUCGAUAUUCCUCAACCGAACAACCGACUCGAAAAGUCGAGUUCUAUUGGGAUUAACGUGGUACGUGGAAGCAGAGAAAUGCGUGGAACCAAUUUGCUUCAGCAUGGAUAUUGCGGUGCAAAUCCAGGGACGAGAAGCACGACCUCCGUCAAAACUAAUUCAACUAUUAAAUCAAUCAAAAGUUUUGGGGAAAUCAAGCGGACUUUUCUCUGUUACACUCAAACCUCCAAUGACUCGAAAAAUUUCCGAACUUUGGCGCUUAAACACUGCAUCGAAAUAUGUUCGUGGUGAAGAGUUAUUGGGUGAUUGGAAACCGCGUGGCAUCUCUUUACUUAAGGACUUUAAAAAAAUCAAUGAGCACAUACGAAAACGCGAAGCUGUUGAGUUCACGAAACAGGUCCUCCAUUUACGUGACGGUUGUCAAAGUUCCAACGGCAAAUAUGUGUUUGGCACUUCGAAUUCAAAUGAGCUCGCUAAAAAAGCAUGUGAUUUGUGGCUUAAAAAAUGGGGAACACCAAAAGAGAUCGUCAUAACUCAAGAACCUCCGCUUUCCGGGCCAUAUUCAGAUGCUGAAAUUAACAGAUGCGCUAACGCCCCGACAAAAUUGGUUGCUCAAGUUAGAAUGGUUGGAAAAACUGAUACGAUAACAAAAAAAGGCUAUUUACAUUCACCCGAUUUAUAUUCACCCGAUUCAUAUUCACCCGAAAAUACUCAUGUUGCUUGGGUAAAACGGUGGUAUGUUUUAAGAAGACCAUAUUUAUUUAUAUAUGAAUCACAAAAAGAAACAGAAGAACAAGGAGUAGUCAACUUAACAUCUGUCCGGGUCAACUAUCAAAAAGACGUGGAAAAGAUGUUGGAGCGACAAUUUGUGUUUACUAUUUUCACAAAUAAUAACUCGUAUGUUCUACAAGCAUCUUCUAAACAAGAUAUGGUCGAUUGGAUAUCGAAGAUUGACCAGUUUUUCAACGUAGAAACUGAUAUUUAA